ACAUGGGGGACAUGUAAGACACGGGAGGACAGGGGGGACAAGGGGGACACGAGGGACACGGGGGAGUGUGGGGGCACUGGGGAGUGACCGUGACCCCCCCGAGUGCCACCCUCCUGGUGGCGGUGACCCCUGGGGACAGGGCACAGGCGCUGCGCGGGGGUCCCGGGAUGGCGACAGGGACCUUCCCGUGGCGACAGCGGUGGCAGCACGGCCACCACCGCGUCCCCUCUGGGCUCUGCUGCUGGCAGCGUGUGACACGCGGUGCCACCCUCAGCCCGCGGCUGUGACACCCCGGCUGUCCCCUCGGUCCCCGUGUCCCUCUGUGGCCGCACCUGUGCUCCGCUGUCCCCGCCCCAGGUGCCACCCCAGGUGCCACCCAUCCCCCGUGUCCCCUCCGCCCCGCGCUCUGUCCCCGCCUGUCGCAGCCCCAAGUUCAAGGUUCAAACUCCACGCGGCCGCUCCCGGGAGCGCCGGCGACACGCGGGGACAGCGGCAGGGGACACGCGGGGAAUGGAGGGGACACACGGAGACGGCCGGCGACACGCGGGGACCGCCGGGGACACGCGGGGACCCGAGCUCCCCUCGCUGCGUGGGGACAGUUCUCUGUCACCGGCGGCACCGGGGGACACCGGCUCAGGCGUGUCCCUGCCGAGCCCCCCGGGCACGGAGCGCAGCCCCCGCGACCCCCCUGGGGACACGGAGCCCGACGGGGACAAAGUGUGCGCCGUGUGCGGGGACAGGGCCAACGGGUACCACUUCCACGUCAUGAGCUGCGAGGGCUGCAAGGGCUUCUUCAGGCGCUCCAUCAUCAAAGGUGUCCGCUUCACGUGUCCCCUGGCGCGGCGCUGCCCUGUCACCAAGGCCAAGCGGCGACAGUGCCAGGCGUGUCGCCUCCAGAAGUGCCUCGACGUGGGCAUGAGGAGGGACAUGAUCAUGUCGGAGGAGGCGCUGCGGCGGCGGCGGGAGCUGCGGGGCCAGCGGGGCCAGCCCGGGGGACAGCGGGGCCAGCCCGGGGGACAGCGGGGACACGAGGGGCUGACGGCCGAGCAGCAGGAGCUGAUCGCGCUCCUCAUCGGCGCCCACCAGCGCACCUUCGACUCCAGCUUCUCGCAGUUCAUGCGCUGCUGGCCCGCCGUGCGCCUGCUGGUGCCCAGCCCGCCUGGCGCGGGUGUCGCCGCGGGGGUGUCGCUGUCGCUGUCGCCGUGCGAGGAGGCGCUGCCGGACGUGCUGUCGCUGCUGCCGCAGUUCGCGGACCUGAGCACGUUCAUGAUCCAGCAGGAGUUUGCCGCUGGAGGCGCAGAUCUCGCUGCUGAAAGGAGCCACGCUGGGCAUCUGCGAGAUCCGCUACAACACCGUCUUCAACCCCGCCACCAAGGCCUGGGAGUGCGGCCAGCGCUGCUACACCAUCCACGACGGGGCCCUGGCGGGAUUCCAGCAGGUGUACCUGGAGCCUCUGCUCAAGUUCCACGAGAGCCUGCGGCGCCUGCGGCUGCACGAGGCCGAGUACGCCCUGCUGCAGGCCAUGCUGCUCUUCUCGCCAGACCACGCCGGCAUCGCCCAGCGCGACGUCAUCGACCAGUUCCAGGAGCAGGUGGCGCUGACCCUGCAGAGCUACAUCGAGCACCAGCACCCCCCCCCCGAGGGCAGGUUCCUGUACGCCAAGCUGCUGCUGCUGCUGACGGAGCUGCAGACGCUGAUGGUGGAGAACAUGCGGCAGAUCCUGCACAUCCAGGACCUGUCGGCCAUGACGCCGCUGCUCUCCGAGAUCAUCAGCUGAGCGCGGCCCCCGUGCCACCCCCCGGUCCCCAGGUGUCACCCCCGGCCGCCACCAGGCACAGAGUAAAGCUCCUUUAUUUAUCCGGGCUCCCGGGUGUGUCGCCGCAGGGAAACUGAGGCACGGCCGCCGCGGCGCUGGGGACAACGGGGACCCCCAGCGGCAGCGGCCACCCCCAGGAGGUGGCACUGGGCACAACGGGGCCCCCAGUCCCCCCCGUGGCGCUGUCACUCGCUGUCCCCAGCCCGCCGUGUCCCCGCGGGUCCCUGUGGCACCUGCAUGGCCCGGCCUGGCGGCUCCCUGAGCAGGACGGUGCCACUCGCCCGCUGUCCCUGCUGUCCUGUCCUCACUGUCCCUGCUGUCCUGUCCCUGCUGUCCCUGCUGUCCCAUCCCUGCUGUCCUGGCCCCGCUG